AUGUGUUUUGCAUCUUCUCCACGAUGCACAUAUGCCAUCCUGCCUGAGCUUCCAGCGGUGGGGGGCAAUGAGGGCGUGGCCCAGGUCAUAGAGGUGGGUGACAAGGUGAAGACACUCAAGCUGGGCGAUUGGGUGAUUCCAAGAGAUGCCGGCAUAGGAACGUGGAGAACAGCAGCUGUUUUGAAGGCUGAUGAUCUGGUGACUUUGCCUAAAGACAUUCCUGUACUGUCUGCUGCCACUUUGGGAGUCAAUCCCUGUACAGCUUUUAGGAUGCUCACAGACUUUGAGGAGCUCAAACCAGGAGACACAGUUAUCCAGAACGCAGCUAACAGCGGCGUCGGACAUGCUGUUAUCCAGAUUGCUGCUGCUAAGGGCAUUCAAACCAUCAAUGUCAUCAGAGACAGGCCUGAGCUGCAGCAGCUCUCUGACAGACUGACAGCACUGGGUGCCACACACGUCAUCACAGAGGAGACACUGAGACGGCCAGAAAUGAAGGAGCUUUUCAAGUCGUGUCCUCGGCCUAAACUAGCUCUGAAUGGAGUUGGAGGAAAGAGCGCCACAGAGCUGUUACGUCAUUUACAAAGUGGAGGGAGUAUGGUGACCUACGGUGGGAUGGCCAAACAACCAGUCACUGUUCCGGUGAGUGCACUGAUCUUCAAAGACGUGAAAAUAAGAGGUUUUUGGGUGACCCAAUGGAAGAGAGACAACAAACAUGAUGAAGACACCCUGCGUAACAUGCUGGAUGAACUCUGCAUCCUCAUUCGUGCCGGGAAGCUGUCGGCUCCAGCUUGCACUGAAGUGAGCCUUCAAGACUUCAGAAAGGCCCUGGAGAACGCCAUGAAGCCGUAUGUGUCCACUAAACAAGUUUUUGUCAUGUGA